UGCAGGUUGGAAUCAAUGGCUUCAGCAAUAUUGGAAAGGGUCUCUCGCCUAUAUGUUACCAAAUUUCUACGACAGUAUGUCUCUACAGGAUGUUUGAUCUUAUCAGAAGAUGGAGGAACGGUAGAAACCUUUGAGGGAACCAAAAAAGGCUGUUCUUUGAAAUGUGUUCUUCAAGUUCAUGAUCCCGCUCAAUUUUACUGGAAGGUAAUGACAAGGGCAGAUCUAGGCCUUGCAGAUGCAUAUAUCAAUGGUGAUUUUUCUUUAGCUGAUAAAGACAAGGGUCUGGAGAAUCUCUUUACGAUUCUUAAUGCCAACAGAGAUUCAACUUCUCCACUCUCAAAAUUGAACAAGAUAAGAAGAAGAUUACUGGAAGCUUGUUUAUCCCCAGCAAGAUAUCUCUUUCACCACGGUUCAGGGCAAAACACACUUACAGUGGCUCGAAGGAACGUCUCUCGCCAUUAUGACUUGAGUAAUGCACUAUUUUCGCUCUUCUUGGACGAAACAAUGUCGUAUUCCACUGUUGUAUUCAAGAAAGAUGAUGAAGAUUUGAAGACUGGACAGCUAAGGAAAAUCAAGACUCUCAUUGACAAGGCUAGAAUUACUAAGAACCAUGAAGUCCUAGAGGUAGGCUGUGGUUGGGGAGGCUUAGCUAUCGAAGUCGUCAAGCAAACCGGUUGUAGAUAUACUGGCAUAACUUUGUCGAAGGAACAACUGCAAUUUGCCGAACAGAGAGUGAAAGAUGCUGGACUUGAGGAAAACAUCAAAUUUCUGCUGUGUGACUACCGCACAUUGCCUAAGAACUACAAAUAUGACAGAAUUGUUAGUUGCGAGAUGGUAGAACAUGUCGGCCAUGAAUAUAUGGAGGAAUUCUUUGCUUGCUGUGACUCUGCUCUAGCAGAAAAUGGGCUUCUCGUUCUACAAUUCACAUCAUUACCGGAUGAGCUUUACGACGAGUACAGGCGAUGUCCAAGCUUCAUAAGGGAGUAUAUUCUUCCAGGUGGAUGUUUACCUUCGUUAAGUAGGUUAACAGCUGCCAUGGCUGCUUCUUCCAGGCUUAGUGUGGAGCACUUGGAAAACAUUGGAAGUCAUUAUUACCGAACACUAAAAUAUUGGAGGAAAAAUUUCUUGGAGAAACAAAGUGAAAUACAAGCUCUUGGAUUCGAUGACAAGUUUAUUCGGACAUGGGAAUAUUAUUUUGAUUAUUGUGCGGCAGGAUUCAACGCUUGUACACUUGGAAAUUACCAGAUUGUGUUUUCACGUCCCGGUAAUGUUGUUCUGCUCAACGAUCCAUACAAAGGCUUCCCUUCAGCAUAUUGA